UCAAAAAAAAAAAAAAAAACAUGAGUGACAACCACAGGACUCUUACCCACUCUCACAUACAGAAGCACAAACGCAUGGAGCGUUUUCACUCAUAAUACGGACGUCAUGAGUCGGGGAGAAGAGCUGAUACAUAAUAUACAUAAAAUGGAAGUGGAGGAAGAUUUCUAUUCAUAUGAAUUCAAUAAUGAUGACGAUCUGCCGGUGUAUAAGGACAGUGAGGAGUUGUUCGCAGCUCUUCGGCAAAAGGAGGAUGAAGUUCUUCUUGCUGCUCAGGUGGGAAAUGCUCUACUCAUAGAGAACAGACAGCUGAAAGAAGAGAGAGACGCACUUCAUGACAAAUACAUGCAGCAGCUGGAGGAGCUGCAGCAGGGCAGGUACGAGCUGCGGGUGAAGCUGGAUGACUGUCAGGCACAGUGGGAGAGCCAGGUGUCCGAGCUGGAGCGAGACGUGCAGGAGCUGCAGGUGCAGGUGGAGAGACUGAACCAGACUCUGAGUGAGGCUGAAAGAGAGAAGAGCAGACUGAAGCAUGAGCACAGCGAACAGAGCCAGAGACUCAGAGAAGAGCUGCAGAGGGGUAUGGAAGUGGAGCGAACCAUGACCAGCGAGCUUCAAAGUCUAAAACAGGAAAUGAGAGAAAGGGGGCAUUCCAGACCCCAGGAUGAAGAAAUCAUCAAUGCUCUUAGAGAACAGGUUGCACGGCUCACGCAACGGGAGCAAACACUUGAACAGAGCUUGAAGAUGACUUGUCACGAGAAUGAGGAACUCAAAGACAGUGUGUCCUCACUACACAAACGCCUGGAUUUACAGGAACAACAGAGUCACACACACAUACAACAGCUGGCGGAGGCCUGGCAAGAAGUGGAUAGAGUUCGUUCCUGGGCACAUGAGCUGCAGUCUCAGGUAGAGGAGCUCCAGGAGGAAGUGGCCCUCCAGGAGAAAAGUCACAAUGACACAUCUCUACUGUCUGAGCUUGAAAACAAUCUGGACACCGCAAACUGGAGCCUGGACAAAGAACAGGUCUCUCAGGAGUUGCACUACAUCCUAGAAUUGCUUCGACCUGUAGCCUACAGAUCAGAGACUGAACAGAACUCAGAUGACAGCCUGCAGGGCAUGCUGGGACAAUUGAAACAUGCAGCACAAUGGAUAGCACAGAGUGACACGCUACAGGAGAUGAGGAAGCCCAUUGUGGGACCGGUGAGCGAUCCUUGUGAGAAUGUCAUCCGGAUACAGGAGCUACAGGAUCAGAAUGAGCUUCUCAUAGCAGAAAACGCCAAACUCAAGCUGCGGCUUAUGGAUGAGGAAGUAGUUCAGCAGGCCAUAAAGGAGCGUGAUGAUGCCAUCGCAAAGAAGACAGCGAUGGAAGCAGAGCUUCUGAGGACUAAGCAAGAUAUGAUGUGUUUAAACAAUCAACUCCUGGAAGCCAUUCAGCGUAAACUUGAACUUUCACAAGAACUGGAGGCCUGGCAGGACGAUAUUCAGAUUAUCAUCAAUCAACAGCUAAGGAGCCAACAGCAGACAGAACAGCAGCAACUGCCUCAGAAGAGAUCAGUGGGUCGUCUGUCUUUCCUGCGUAAGUCCAGACGGCCCUCUUCUUCCCCCUCGGUUAUAUCAGAGAUCAGCCCUGAGCAGAACCUGUCACCCUGGAGAGACUGGCUCAAACUGAGCAAAUGAUCCUGCUGCUCCGCCUCCAGUACCUCAGACCAUAUCAGACGCUCAUGACUUACGAUCCAGCCGUCAAUGCCAAAAACACUCUCUAACCAUGUUAGAAAACUAUGUUUUAAAAAAGACCUGCUUAUAUAAAACCACAUUAAUUUCACAUGUGCAAAAAUACAUGGUCACAUGUGGAACACAUCCUUUGCACAUGGGAAAUGUGGUUUUGGAACAGUUCUCGUGUGAAAUCCAUGUGAUCUCAUGGAAAACAUGGGAAAUUCAUGUGGUUUUUCAGUAAGGGUUUGCUGAUUCUCACCAAAACACAUUUCUCCCCAAACUCAAAAUAUAUAAAGAAGUAAUAAUUUGUAUGAAGAUAAUUAACUUUUUAGAACUUUUUUUGUUGUGACAUUUAUGUGACAAUCAAGCACAUUACCUUCUCAAAAUUUUCAUAAAUGUAAAAAAAAUGUUUCCCAUGUUAAUGUUUCCCAUUAUUGUCAAAGGUGAUCAUCAUUGAACUCUCUCAGUAAAAAUAAUGAAACAUAAAUACUAUCAUGAUGAUGUAUUAAUAUUUUACAAUUUCAGAAUCCUUAUUUUUGCAUUACAGUAAUAAGAAUGAGAUAUUUUUGUUGUGGUAAUGGAAUGUGCUUUGAUUGUUAUCUUAUUGUUCCUAAAAUUUAAUUUCCUCAUGCAAAAUAUGAUUUUUUGUUUUGUUCUAUUGGCUUUGGAGAAAUUUGUUUUUAAAAGUUUUUGUGAGAAUUAAUUGUAUACUAUGACUAUUUAUACUUACAGUUGUAUGAUUUUGUUGAAAAUUUGUUUAUUUAAAUGGUACUAUUAAUUUACAUGGUACAUGUUUGUUGCCAUCAAAUCAUAAAUGUAAGUGAUGAGAGAAUCAAUACAAUGACAUCAUGCUGGCCAUGAUCUUGUUGAUUUGAAUGGCAUUUAACUUAAUGAUAUUAUGAAAUAAUAACAUUACGUAGAAAGAAACAUUUACCUGAACUGCAACAUGUGGGCAUGAAAGUAUGUUUCAGUAGACUGUAGUGAAAUACUCAAGAUGGUGCUUAAGAUUUCAAAAACUGACAUUGUUCAAUUCAAUAAUGCUCCGUAUCAUAUGAAGAAUUUGUAGUGCUCAAACUUGUGCCAUUGUGAUGCCUGUUCACACCUAGAACAAUAACCAUAAACCACAAAGAUAACUUUAUAAGCGCUCACACCAGCGCACAUUAUUGUUCUGUUUAUUAUAAGGACACGCUGCAGAUUUGUUAUCUGUCACUUUAAAUGCUCAAGCUCUUUAAAGCUGGAUGGAUUCUGAUUGGCUCUUUUUAUUGUUCGUCAAAUGGAAAUUGUUCUGAAAGUGAUUCCAACGAUUUCAUUUCUCUGUGCUGUAAUCUUUAUAAUUGUGGUGUGGACUCUGCUAAUCUUUUAUAUUUUAUAUUUAGUACAAUCAUUAUAGUUAUCGUCCUUGGUGUGAACGGGCCUUAGAAUGAUUCAGUGAUCUUUGUGCUCUGGCACAGUUCAUUGCUGAAUACUGUUCUACUAUAAAUGUGUUAAUGCAGUUUUUAGUUUUGUAUAUAUUCAUAUAUUUGUGACAGAUUUGUACAAUUACAUUUUUUUUAUUAUGUACAGCACUGUCUUCAGAAUAUUUAUUGAGAAAUGAAUUUGCACAUCAUGCUUCAGUAAAAGUUAAAAAGAAAAUCUGUUGUGUAAAGCAUUAGAACACUAGUAGACAUUGUUCUGUUCAUUUGAGCAUCAGCCAGUUUCUUCAUAACCCUCUGGUGCUCUUCGGCCAUUUUUGACUGAAACAUUUUACUUAUUGUUUUUUUAGAAUUAUUUACUUCAUCGGACUGGCACAAAACUUGGUAAAGGUUUUGGCACUUGCUAUGUAAACACACAAAAUCAUUAUCAUGAAUUGAAAAGGUUAAAUGGUCCUGAAAAAAUAGUCAAACUUGUGCUGUUCGCAGUCAAAAAUUAGCGCAUUGGAAACAAAAGGGAAGUGAAUUUUAUAUAGUGGAAACGUUUGGUACUGCGCCCCAAACAAAAUCUUACUGAAAGCUCAUUUAAUUGAAAUAUAAAAAAAAAAAAAAAAAAAAAAAAAAUGGAACACAACUUGUUUUGAUUUAUAGUUUGGGUUUUCUCACAGUUUUAGAGUAAAGUACGCUUUACUCUAAUUUGCAUAUUUAUAAUAAUAUGUAUUUCAUAUACAAACUGAAAAUAUUUUUUGUACAUUUUUCAUAACAAUAAACUUUUUAAAAGUACACUUUAUUUAUUUAUUUUACAUUUUUAAAAUUUGUUUUCCUUUUUAUUCAGCAAUAAUCUGUCAUGUGUCUUUUUUUAAAAAGAGACCAAACUUAAGGAAAACAAGAUGUCCUUAAUCCUGUCUCAAUGAAUGACUAAUGUGUUGUGAUUUGUUAUCUCUUUUGUUUUUCUGAUAUGCUUGGCUCAUUCAGUGAACAAAUGUGAUGACAAGACUGUGUUAAUGUGC